UAAUGUCGCUAACGGAAGUGGCAGAUAUGAGGCGGAGGCAUAAACCGUCAGGGGUGACUUACCAACUUCCUUUUUACUGUGGCCGCCAUACCGUGAGGAGCGUGGUUCCCGGCGAGCCGAAAAAUAAUUACCGAAAAUGGCCUGUGCCCGACCCCUCAUCUCGGUGUAUUCCGAGAAAGGAGAAUCCUCAGGCAAAAAUGUUGUGAUGCCUGCCGUGUUCAAGGCACCAAUUCGCCCUGAUGUUGUUAAUUUUGUGCACACCAACAUGCGCAAGAACAGCCGCCAGCCAUAUGCAGUCAGUGAACUGGCAGGCCACCAGACCAGUGCAGAGUCCUGGGGUACAGGAAGAGCUGUGGCCCGUAUCCCUCGUGUGAGAGGUGGUGGUACUCACCGCUCUGGCCAGGGUGCUUUUGGAAAUAUGUGUCGUGGUGGUCGCAUGUUUGCCCCCACUAAAACCUGGCGCCGCUGGCACCGCAGGAUCAACACACCCCAGAAGCGUUAUGCCAUCUGCUCUGCCCUGGCUGCUUCUGCCAUUCCUGCACUUGUGAUGUCCAAAGGACACCGCAUUGAGGAAAUCCCAGAGGUCCCACUGGUGGUUGAAGACAAAGUUGAGGGCUACAAGAAGACCAAGGAGGCAGUCCUCCUGCUGAAGAAACUUAAGGCCUGGAAUGACAUCAAGAAGGUAUACGCCUCUCAGCGCAUGCGUGCUGGUAAGGGUAAGAUGAGGAAUCGCAGACGGAUCCAGCGCAGAGGGCCAUGCAUUAUCUACGGCCAAGACGCCGGUUUAACCAAAGCCUUCAGAAAUAUUCCAGGCAUCACUCUGCAGAACGUGAACAAACUUAAUCUCCUGAGGCUCGCUCCUGGUGGUCACGUUGGACGGUUCUGCAUCUGGACAGAGAGUGCUUUCCGCAAGUUGGAUGAGCUGUACGGCACUUGGCGCAAACCUGCCUCCCUGAAGGUUGACUACAACCUGCCAAUGCACAAGAUGACCAACACAGACCUGAGCAGAAUUCUGAAGAGUGAGGAGAUCCAGAGAGCACUCCGUGCACCUAACAAGAAGAUCAACCGCAGAGUCCUGAAGAAGAAUCCUCUGAAGAACCUGAAGAUCAUGCUCAAACUGAACCCUUACGCCAAGACAGCAAGACGUCAUGCCAUCCUCAAGCAUGACCCUGCGAUCAAGGCCAAGAUGCUGAAACCCAAGAAGAGGCCUGGCAAGAAGGGAGCUCCUAAGAAGGCAGCACCUGCUAAACCGCAGGCAUAAAUCCAUGCAUACAUACAGACUGGAGUUCAGAGAUAAAUAAAAAUCAGUUGUUUGAAAUGCCCAA